GCGUUACUUGCUCAACACCCUUAAUCGACCGACUCCCCUUCUUCAUGGCAGCUUUGGUCGCUGCUUCUGCCGCUUCGGCGGUCGAGUUUCUGCUACUCGCUGCUGUCCCCGCCUUCUUUUUCUUCUUCUUCUUCUUCGGCAGCGGCGGCUGGAAGAGGAGGCAAGUACUGCUUCCCCCGGUGGUGGGCACCAUCUUUCACCAGUUCCUCAACCUCCAAAGGCUUCACGACUACCACACGGAGCUGUCGCGCCUCCACAAGAACUACAGGUUGCUCUCGCCCUUCGGCCGCCAGCUCUACACCGCCGACCCUGCCGUCGUCGAGCACAUACUCAAGACCAACUUCAACAACUACGGCAAGGGAUUGUACAACUACAUAAAUCUACGCGAUUUGUUUGGAGAUGGCAUAUUUGCCGUCGACGGCGACAAGUGGCGCCACCAGCGGAAGCUCGCGAGCUUCAACUUCUCCACCAAAUCCCUGAGAGAUUUCAGUGGUUCCAUUUUCAAAAACAGUGCUUCCGAUCUCGCAAGAAUCCUCUCUGCCUAUGCCAAUUCCAACGAACAGUUCGAUAUGCAGGAACUCCUGAUGAAAUCCACCAUGGACUCCACCUUCAAGAUCGCAUUCGGGUUCGAGUUGGAUUGCAUGGGUGGUUCGAAUCAGGACGGUGUCGAGUUCGCCAAAGCAUUCGAUAAAGCAAACGAGUUCACCCUGUUGCGGUAUGUGAAUGUCUUCUGGAGGAUCACGAGACUUUUGGGAGUUGGGUCCGAGGCAGCUCUCAAGCAAAAUCUCAAAGUGAUCGAUGAAUUCGUGUACAAAGUGAUGGACAUCAGGUUCAAAGAAAUAGCCAAUGCUCAUCAGGAAAAGGGGGAUGACAUUCUGUCAAAGUUCUUGGAGGAGAUCAAGCAUCCGCAGACGACGAUGGACACGCGAUAUCUGAGAGACAUAAUUCUGAACUUUGUCAUCGCCGGAAAAGAUACCACCGCCGGCUCGCUCGCUUGGUUCUUCUACUUGAUCUGCAAGGACCCCUCAGUGCAAGAGAAGAUACAUCGAGAAGUGAAGCGAGUGGUGCUACUCGAAACUAAAGAGUGCACAGACUUUGUAGAGUUUUCGCGGAACAUAAACGAUGAAUCCCUCAACAAUCUCCACUAUCUUCAUGCUUCCCUCACCGAGACACUUAGGCUCUUCCCCGUAGUUCCUCUAGUGAGUUUAAGUGCUACAAUUAGCCGAAAUGGCAUGAUCUUUGAUGAGAAUUCUUUUCUUCUUCUGCAGGAAAACAAGGUUUGCUUCUCAGAUGACAUUCUACCGGGAGGCUACAAUGUGAGCAAAGGCGACAUUGUGUUUUUUCAGCCCUAUGCGAUGGGUAGAAUGGAGUAUCUGUGGGGCGAGGAUGCCGAAAGUUUUCGGCCGGAAAGAUGGCUCGAUGAUGAAGGGAUCUUCCAGCCUGAAAGUCCAUUUAAAUUUGUAGCUUUUCAGGCUGGUCCAAGAAUCUGCUUGGGGAGAGAAUUUGCCUACAGGCAGAUGAAGACAUUUGCAGCAGUUCUUCUCUACUUCUUUCAGUUCAAGCUCAGUGAUGAGGAGAAGGUUGUUCGCUACAAAACCAUGACCACGCUUCAAAUUGAUCAAGGUCUUUAUCUUCAGGCAUCCUCGAGAUAAAGAACAUCUGAAUGAACUGUGCUUGCAAAAAUAAGUUUAAAGAAUACUCUGGCUUUAAAUAAAAAAUGCAAAGUAAAUAAGUGUUUGCCUUUUGGAAAUGAAUGAUUCUAAUUAUUUCCUGUC